CAUCCAUCUGUACUCUUCUUUUUUCAGGGCUCGAGCUAAUCCCUCCUCCAAAUCUUCUCAAUCGAGUCCUUUUGUUUUCAGAACCAUUGAUUGGUAAUGGCUUCUCCACCAGACACGAGCAAGACCACCAAACUGGAGCGCUACAAUAGCUACCUCCGCCGCGUAAACAGUACCAAACUAUUGGCUGCUUCGUCCAAGCUUCUCUUCCGAGUUACCCUCCUCGUCGCUCUCAUUCUCAUUUUCUUCUUCACUCUUAAUCACCCUCCCCUUUCCUCCGAUAGUCCCAACCAUGUCCCCCUCCACCACCACCAGAACUUCCUCGCCUCCGCCUUCUACGGCAACGGCGCUACCUGGGAGAAGCAAGUCCGCCACUCGUCUACUCCCCGCAGAUCCAAUGGCUUCUCUGUGCUGGUCACUGGGGCCGCUGGCUUCGUGGGUACCCACUGCUCACUGGCUUUGAAGAAGCGAGGCGAUGGAGUUCUUGGCCUCGAUAACUUCAAUUCCUACUAUGACCCAUCACUCAAACGCGCCCGUCAAGCCCUUCUAUCGAAGCACGAAAUCUUCAUCGUCAAGGGUGAUCUGAACGAUGCCCCAUUACUGUCCAAGCUCUUCGACGUCGUUCCGUUCACUCACGUCCUCCACUUGGCAGCUCAGGCGGGUGUGCGUUACGCCAUGAAGAACCCACAGUCGUACGUGAACUCCAACAUAGCCGGGUUCGUAAAUCUGCUCGAGGUCGCCAAAUCGGUCAAUCCUCAACCCGCCAUUGUCUGGGCAUCGUCCAGCUCCGUCUACGGCCUGAACACCGAUAACCCAUUUUCUGAAUCCCACCGGACAGACCAACCGGCGAGUCUAUACGCCGCAACAAAGAAGGCCGGCGAGGAGAUCGCUCACACUUACAACCACAUCCACGGUCUCUCCAUUACAGGACUCCGCUUCUUCACCGUCUACGGCCCGUGGGGACGACCCGACAUGGCUUACUUCUUCUUCACUAAGGAUAUUCUUCAGGGCAAGCCCAUUACCAUUUAUCGAACACAGGACGAUAAGGAAGUCGCCCGAGACUUCACUUACAUCGACGACGUCGUGAAGGGAUGCCUUGGCGCGCUGGACACGGCGGAGAAGAGCACGGGAAGCGGGGGGAAGAAGCGAGGACCGGCGCAGCUCAGAAUCUACAACCUGGGGAACACGUCGCCGGUGUCGGUGGGAAAGCUGGUUUCGAUCCUUGAAGGGCAUCUGAGCAUGAAAGCAAAGAAGAAUGUCGUGAAGAUGCCGAGGAAUGGCGACGUUCCCUUCACCCAUGCUAACGUGAGCCUGGCGUACAGGGAUUUCGGGUAUAAGCCCACCACCGAUUUGUCGACUGGGUUGAGGAAGUUCGUCAAGUGGUACGUUGGGUAUUACGGGAUUCAUUCGAAGGCAAAUAAGGAAAAGGGAAGUAGCGACGGUGACGGUGCCGGAGCUGAAUCAUCUUGAACUCGCCGUCUUUCUUUUUUCUGUUAAUUUCUGUUUUUAAAAUAUAUAUAUGCUUUUUUUUUCUUCUUCGGUUGUUCAUUGUUGAUUUCGAUGUAGAAUAUAAUUAUAGUACAUAAAAGAGGGGGAGAAAAGCAAAAGAAGAAGAGGAACAAGAACUGGGGAAGUGUCUAUUUGAGGCUCUGGAUGUAAUAAUGCAAGUGAAAUUGUGUAGCACAGGGGUUCGAAUCUGCUAGAAUGGUGCAGAUCGGCCGUCCGAAUGAUAUCAAGAUUAAUGAACAGGAAAACGAUGAUUUCAUCUUUUCUCUUU